ACAAGUGACCCCCCACCACUUUCAUUUCCUUUCCCUUUCUCAAACGAACAAAGAGAGAAAGAGAAAAUUCCCCCAAAGAAUUUUCCAUUUCGAUCCCAACUCACACAGCACAAUCAUGAGCAACGAAUACGAUUAUUUGUUCAAGCUUUUGCUAAUCGGGGACUCCUCCGUGGGAAAAUCGUGUCUGCUCCUCAGAUUUGCGGAUGACUCCUAUGUUGACAGCUACAUAAGCACCAUUGGGGUUGAUUUCAAAAUCAGAACUGUGGAGUUGGAUGGAAAGACAAUCAAGCUGCAGAUUUGGGAUACUGCUGGACAGGAGCGUUUCAGAACUAUAACAAGCAGUUAUUACCGAGGAGCACAUGGGAUAAUUAUUGUCUAUGAUGUUACUGAGAUGGAGAGCUUCAACAAUGUCAAGCAGUGGUUGAACGAAAUUGAUAGAUAUGCAAAUGACAGUGUGUGCAAGCUUCUAGUUGGGAAUAAGUGUGAUUUGGUUGAGAACAAGGUCGUGGACACACAAACAGCAAAGGCGUUUGCAGAUGAGCUCGGGAUCCCUUUUCUUGAGACAAGUGCCAAAGACUCCAUCAAUGUGGAGCAAGCUUUCUUAACCAUGGCUGGCGAGAUCAAGAAAAAAAUGGGUAGCCAACCAACUGCAGGCAAGUCGACAGGAACUGUUCAAAUGAAGGGGCAGCCAAUCCAGCAGAAGAGCAACUGUUGUGGUUAGCCACGCUAUUGUAGUUUUCAAUAUUGCUGUUAAAAGUUUGUAAGACAGUGAAACUAUGUUGACUGUACUCGUAUGGAACUAUCAGAAACUGUUAAAUAUGCCUGCUUCUGCUUCA